AAAAAAAGCUACAGAGGUUGAGGUUAAUCGAGAAACUGAAGAUAAAUUCCAAGAUAGAUUAGGAACAACGUAGCUGGUGUAAAGAGAAAGUUUAAAGGUGGCUGUGUUAUUUGUUUUGGUUCAGGAUGCUUGUUUGGUAUUGCAAUGUCACCAGAACAACUUUUAUAGCGCAUUAUAACAAGGAAUAACAUAAAAAGGAAGGGAAACCGUCAUCGGUCAGACAUAAGAGAAAAUAUUGUGUACGGUUCACGUGAAAAUAUUUAGUUUCUCAUCAAAACUUGAUUUCAUUGCUUAUACUAAAUGUAAUUUAAACAUUGUAAUUUUAAAAUGUGCUUUAUUGAUGCACAAUGGAUAUUAAAAUGAAACUGCUGACGAGAGGUUUUCAUCUUGUGGUAUGGCCUUUAUAUUUCUGUUCUCAAAGUCUUCUUCAAAUGGUGGAGGUGAGCUGUGGAGGUUGCUGGUGAUGUCUGAUUGUGACUACAUCAGUGGUUUAUUUCUUUUUCUAGACAUUCCAAAUUGUUCUAUUGGCUAUGCCCAAUGUUUGCACAAAGGCUCUGAUUGAUAUUCUCUCUUUUUCUCAGCUUCAGAAUGGCAUUCUUUUCUCCCAGAGACAGCUUUCUGAUCUUCAUGUUGGUUUAUCCUUUUUAACAACAAAUGCAGUCUUCAAAGGUGUAACCCAGGGCUCAAACCAAGAGUAAACCUUCAGAGCUAUUAAUUGUUUAAACAGUCAAGCUAACAGGUCACACCUGGGCAACAAGAAGCACUUGUCAGUCACAUGUUCCAAUAUUUGUGAUCACUUGACAAAUGGGUGGGUUCAAACUAAAGGUGCCAUGUUCUAAGUUGUUUAACACAUCUAGAUGUAAAUAUGAGGAAAUCAAAGCUUCAUCUUCAUCUUUUGACCUCAAAUCCAAAUGUCUUCGGUAUAUAGCAAAAACAAAAGCAAUGGCCUAGUCGUUCUGAUACAUUCGGAGGGGACUUUUGUAGAAACUAGUAUGACUCAAUUCUGAUUAUUUAUUUUAAAAUAAGAUCUUGGUGGCUGCAUCAACAUGGAAACAUGGGAUAAAGUUUAAUCAAGGUGAAUUUUGACUGUGCAAUUAGAGAACAAAAUAUUGAGUCAUACGUAUUCUUUCAUUUAAAUAACAAACAAUUUCAAAAUGCUUUCAUUUUGGAUGAUGGCAUUGUUGUUUUUUUGUACUCUCAUGGCACCCAUUGUUUAGUUUUGUUUGUUUUUUCACUCCUACAGCUGUUUUACAGUACUGACUGUACUGAUACCUUUACUUUGGUCUCUUUUGGAUUGUUUUUGGUAAUUUAAUUUGGAUAAGAAACACCUUAAAUGCUUUUAUGAUAUGAAUGUACCCCACUUGGCCCUGCAAUGGAUUGGCACCCUGUCCAGGGUGUACCAUGACUUGUUCUCGAUGCUCCCUGGGAUAGGCUCCAGGUUCCCCCGUGACCCUGAAAAGGAGUAAGUGGUAGAAGAUGGAUGGAUGGAUGGAUGGAUGGAUGGAUGGAUCCCACUUGAUUGAUUUUAAUGUCCUGACAAUGAUAUCAGUGAUGUUGUAUUCACAAAUCAUCAUUUCUUUGCUUGUAUUUCCUCAUUUGUAAGUCACUUUGAAUAAAAGCGUAUGCUAAAUGAAUAAAAGUAAAUGUAAAUUUCAGUGAUGAUGUAAAAACACAUUCAAAUACACUGGAGCAAAGAUAUUUGGAACAAAUUAGAAUUAAAUUAACCUGACUCUUUAAAUCACUUUUGUCCUGUAGCUACACUUUUUCUUUAAACUCUGCACUCCCUUUUGCUUUAAAGCCACACCCGCUGUCUCUGUCACAGAACCAGGAAGUUAAUUUCACAGGAAACAAAACUAAAACUAGGACUGACGCUCUCUCUCUCUCGCUCUCUCUCGCUCUCUCUCUCUCUCUCUCUCAUUGUGUGAGUGCAGGAAAAUGGCAGAGGCCAGUAUUUCAGUAGAUCAGGAUCAGUUGAAAUGUCCAGUUUGUCAGAAUCUCCUGAAGGAUCCAGUAGUUACUCUCUGUGGCCACAGUUUCUGUAAGGUGUGUAUUAAUGGCUACUGGGAUCAGGAGGAUCUGAAGGGUGUCUACAGCUGUCCCCAGUGUAGAGAGACUUUCAAUUCAAGGCCUGUUCUACGCAGGAACAACAUGCUGGUUGAAGUGGUGGAGAAACUGAAGGAGACUGAACUCCAAGCUGCUUCUCCUGCUCACUGUUACGCUGGACCUGGAGAUGUGGAGUGUGAUUCCUGCAUCGGGAGAAAACACAAAGCUAUUAAUUCAUGUCUGGUGUGUCAGGCCUCCUAUUGUGAAAAUCAUCUUAAACCUCACUAUCAGUCUCCUGCCUUUAAGAAGCACAAGUUAGUUGAACCCUGUGCAGAGAUCCUGGAGAAGAUCUGCUCUCAGCACGACAAAGCGAUUGAAAUCUACUGUCGUACUGACCAAAGCUUCAUCUGUUACUUGUGUACGAUGGAUGAUCACAAAGGCCACGAUACGGUUUCAACUAAAGCAAAAAGAACUGAAAAACAGAAUGAGCUACAGGAGGAGCAGAUGAAAUCCCAGCAGAGGAUCCAGGAGAAGCAGGACAAGGUGCAGGAGCUGAAACAGACUGUGGACACUAUUAAGAGGCGUUCACAGGCAGCAGUAGAUGAGAGUGAGAAGAUCUUUACUGAACUGAUCAGCUCCAUGGAGAAAAAGCGUUCGGAGGUGAAGGAGCUGAUCAGAGCUCAGGAGAAAGCUGAACUGAGUCGAGCUGAACGACUCCUGAAGCAACUGGAUCAGGAGAUUGCUGAUCUUAAGAGGAGAGUCACUAAGCUGGAGCAGCUUUCACACACACACGAUCACAUCCACUUCCUCAAGAGAUUCCCGUCUCUCUGUGUUUCUCCUGGAUCUGAGGACUCACCCAGCUUCACUGUCAAUCAACAUCUCUCAUUUGAUGGACUGAGGAAACCUCUCUCAGAUCUGAAAAAACGAGUCGAGGAAAUCUUUGCAGCAGUUCAGAUAAUUUUACCCUCAAACCUGAAGAGUAGAGAAGAUUUUCUUCAGUAUUUCUGUUAUCUGACUCUGGAUCCCAACACACCACACCGUCAACUCAUUCUGUCUGAGAAGAACAGAUCGAUGACAUGGAGUGAAAGAGAUCAGCGAUACCCUGAUCAUCCAGAGAGAUUUGACUCUUACAUGCAGGUGUUGUGUAAGCAGAGUGUGAGUGGACACUGUUACUGGGAGGUGGAUUGGAGCGGUGAUGGCGUGUACAUUUCAGUCUCGUAUAAAGAGAUCAGCAGGAAAGGGCAGUAUUACAAGUGUAUGUUUGGAUACAACAGUCAGUCCUGGAGUCUGUUGUGUUCUUCUUCCUCUGUCUCUUUCUGGCACAAUGGCAUUAAGACUGAGCUCCGAGGUCCAGCGUCCUCCAGAAUAGGAGUGUAUGUGGAUCACAGUGCAGGAACUCUGUCCUUCUACAGCGUCUCUGACACGAUGAGGCUCCUCCACAGAGUCCACACCACAUUCACUCAGCCUCUAUACACUGGGUUCUGGCUACCUUUUUAUAACUCAGCUGUCAGGUUAUGUGAUCCAAGAUGAAACGUUAGUAAACGUUUAGUAAAAAUUAACACUGGAAUGUCAGAUUUAAUUUCUCCCUGAACUACAGUGCCACUUUUGGAUGCACAACCUGUAAAAUACCAAUGAAUUAUUAUUAGUAGUAGUAGUAGUACUAGUAGUAUCUAAGCUUAACCAUCCUAUACUGUGCAUCCGGAAAGUAUUCACAGCACUACACUUUUUCCACAUUUUGUUAUGUUACAGCUUUAUUUUAAAAUGGAAUAAAUUCCAAAUUUUCCUCAAAAUUCUACAAACAAUACCCCAUAAUGACAACAUGAAAGAAGUUUGUUUGAAAUCUUUGCAAAUUUAUUAAAAAUAAAAAACAAAAAAAGCACAUGUACAUAAGUAUUCACAGCCUUUGCUCAGUACUUUGGCACCAAUUACAGCCUCAAGUCUUUUUGAGUAUGAUGCUACAAGCUUGGCACACCUAUUUUUGGGCAGUUUCUCCCAUUCUUCUUUGCAGGACCUCUCAAGCUCCAUCAGGUUGGAUGGGGAGCAUCGGUGCACAGCCAUUUUCAGAUCUCUCCAGAGAUUUGGAAUAAGGCUGUAUCAUAACAAAAUGUGGAAAAAGUGAAGCGCUGUGAAUACUUUCCGGAUACACUGUACAUUAAGUUACACAAAUAAUCUCAGUAUUAUGUCCUCUGCUUUUGCCCCACUAUAAAAAACAAACUCGUAAUUAUCCACAUUUUCAUACUCAAAUUUAUUUACACAGAAAGAGCAAAGUUGACAGUUCGAAGAACUAGUUCAUUUAGCUUUCACAGGAUUUAAACAAAAGAAAGAAAGGAAAAAUAGUUACCGAUAUGACUGUUUGUCCGUCAUCUUACAUCGCUGAUCCUGGGAAUUCCUGUGCAAAAAAAAGUAUUCUGCACAUGUUCAGUGACCUGUAAUUUUUUUGGAAGGGGAUGACUGUUUAUAGCUGCUAUAAUGUAAGUGAGAACAGGAACUAACAGCUUUCUCUUUUCAUGCUCCUUGGGUAUGGAAUGAAAUGCCAAAUGUAAUCAACUUAGAUAUCCUUCUCACUUUGAGUACUUUUAAAGGUCUUUUGCAAACUGCUUUAAAGGAAACGUGCAAUUGUUUUUAUUGAUCAGUUUUUAUAGAUUGAGUGUAUUUUUUUUAUGUAUGUACUUGUAGUAUUUGCUAUUUCUGUUUAAUUUUACUGUGAAACUUAAAUGUGUUGCCGUCUUGAUCAGGAUUUAAGAGAUUGUAUUAUCUCAAUGGAACCUUCCUGGUUAACUAAAGAGGGGAAAAUAAAUAAAGUACAUCUA